AUGCCCAACUGUCGAAAUGUUCCUCUAUCUUGCCUGGCUAGUUCUAUCUGUUUUGUCUGUGGCCAGGCCUUUGUCGCCUUGGCAGUUGGGCGACGCGGAAAAACGCCCAACAGUCGUUUGGUCGACAAUUUUGCUCUCGGGGGCAUGCAGGAGGCAGAGUAUGUCCUUUUCUCACCGUCGAACAGGGAAAAUGACCUGGAAAACCGGCUGCUUUACUCGGGGCCGGAGAACCUACGAGUUCAGCUAAUGCCACUCUGA